AUGUGCAUCUCGCAGUUCAUGCUACUGCAGGUGUUCUUCCUGAUGGUUCCCGAGGGCGUCUGGCUUCAGCCUUCCUCUGCGUCAGGGGCUGCACCCACCCCUUCGGACGUGGGGCCAGCGUCGCCUGGAGGGACCCUUCAAUCCUCGGAGGGAUCUGAAACUCCCUGGCCUGUGCCUGGAAUCUCUACGGUGGGCCCUACGGUUGUGACCCCCUCUGCACCUGAGAAUGGGACCGUAGACCUCUUUCCAGCCUUACCGGUCUGUGUCUGUGACUUGACUCCUGGUACCUGCGACAUAAAUUGCUGUUGCGACAGGGACUGCUACCUUCUCCAUCCGAGGACAGUUUUCUCCUUCUGCCUUCCGGGCAGCGUGAGGUCUUCGAGUUGGAUGUGUGUGGACAACUCUCUUAUCUUCAGGAGUAACUCCCCAUUUCCUUCGAGAGUUUUCAUGGAUUCAGGUGGAGUAAGGCAGUUUUGUGUCCUUGUGAACAACUCAAGAUUAAACUAUUUCCAGAAGCUCCAAAAGGUCAAUGCAACCAACUUCCAGGCCUUGGCUACAGAGUUUGGAGGCGAAUCAUUCACUUCAACAUUCCAAACCCAGUUGCCACCACCUUUUUACAGGGCUGGGGACCCCAUUUUGACAUAUUUCCCCAAGUGGUCUGUAAUCAGCUUGCUGAGGCAGCCUGCCGGAGUUGGUGCUGGGGGGCUCUGUGCUGAGAGCAAUCCUGCGGGUUUCCUGGAGAGUAAAAGUACAACCUGUGCUCGUUUCUUCAAGAACCUGACAAAUAGCUGCACCUUGGAUCCAGCCCUCAAUGCUGCCUCUUAUUAUAACUUCACAGUCUUAAAGGUUCCAAGAGGUAUGACUGAUCUGCAGAAUACGAAGUUCCAGGUUCCUGUAACCCUUGUCUCACAGGCUGGUUCUCCUCUCUUGUCUGGAAACAUUUGUCAGAAUGUGGUUUCCCAGGUCAUCUAUGAGAUAGAGACCAAUGGGACUUUUGGAAUCCAGAAAGUCUCUGUCAGUUUUGGACAAACCAACCUGACUGUGGAGCCAGACACUUCCUUACAGCAAUAUUUCCUCAUUCGCUUCAGGGCUUUUCAACAGAGCACAGCUGCUUCUCUUACUGGUCCUAGAAGUGGAAAUCCUGGCUAUAUUGUUGGGAAGCCACUUUUGGCCCUAACUGGUGAUAAAAGUCACUCUAUGACCCUCUUGCAGAGCCAGGGUGAUGGAAUCUGCUCUGUUAAGAAACAUGAAGUGCAAUUUGGAGUGAAUGCAAUAUCUGGAUGCAAGCUCAGGCUGAAAAAGAUGGACUGCAGCCACUUACAGCAGGAAAUUUAUCAGACUCUUCAUGGAAAAACCAGCCCAGAACAUGUUGCCAUCUUUGGUAACGCUGACCCAGCCCAAAAAAGAGAGUGGACGAGGAUUCUCAGCAGGAACUGCAGUGUUUCAGCUAUGCAUUGUACUUCCUGCUGUGUCAUACCAGUUUCCUUGGAGAUCCAGGUAUUGUGGGCAUAUACAGGCCUCCAGUCCAACCCACAAGCUCAUGUGUCAGGAGCCCGAUUCCUAUACCAGUGCCAGUCUAUAAAGGAUUCCCAACAAGUAACAGAAGUAGCUUUGACAACUGUUGUGACUUUUGUGGACAUUACCCAGAAGCCAGAGCCUCCAAGGGGCCAACCCAGAAUAGACUGGAAACUACCAUUUGACUUCUUUUUUCCCUUGAAAAUAGCAUUCAGCAGAGGAGUAGACUCUCAAAAAGGUUCAGCCUCUCUCAUCCUUAUCCUGUGUCUCUUAGUACUUGGAGUUCUCAAGCUAGAGACCAAGUGA